CCCCUUCUGCUGCCCCCCAUCCUGUCUCGCUCAAAUUCUGCACUCGUAAGCAUUCAUACAUCUAUUUGUAGCCUGGUUUUGUAUGUUUUCAGUAAUAAGAACUGAAGUGGGUGCACGGGGUGACAGGAAGACAAGUUGAGCAAAGCACUUUUCAAAGUCUGCAAAACCGCCCUACAGUUUUAGACCUGCAGCUUUCCCGUUAUGUUGGGACAGAGGUUCACUAAAAACAAUGGCGAUGGAGCAAAAAGGAAGGGUGCAUGAAAGAGAAAGGAAAUGUCUCAUUGUGCCGGUAUGCUAUAAUAGUGCCAAGAUCAGAGUUUUAGUCCUGUAAUCCUGAAACACAUAUUCAUCUUACCUCACAGUGAGAGGGCUAGGACAGGAAGGAAACGAAGAGAGACACGCAGUGAGAGACCGACAGAGAGAGAGACAGAGAGAGAGAGAGCGAGCAAGACAAAGGAGAAAACAGCAGAUGAGGGUCAAUGGGGCUUUCCACUGUGUAGGAUUUGAAAAGAGAUGAGAAGUAGGUAAACUAGAAUGAGAAGGGGGAAGAAAUUUGCUGUCACAGCCAGAUGAGACUUCAGAAAGCGUGUAUGAGCAGCGAGUGAGUAAACGUCAGCCAGUAUAGUUCCCUCUGCGCCACGGUAUAGCCGUGAUCUUUAAGUUCAGACCAAGUGUUGUAGGAGAGUGUGAGAGGGAGACCAAAGCCUCAAGCUUUUACACACAGGAGGACAACGAAUGGGAUACAAAUGACAAACAUGACUUGCACAAAUGAGAAGAAACACUGGAGUAAAGAUGGGGUUCUCUGUGAAUGCUGUCCUGCAGGAAAGUACGUACAAGCUGAUUGUACUACCACAGAGAGGACAAAGUGUGACGAGUGUCGACGGGGAUACUAUACAGAAACCAAAAACUACCUGACUAAAUGUAAUGUCUGCAAGAUGUGCAGUUCCAGUAACAAGCAAAGGAAAGUAGCUGAUUGUACAGCUGUUAAGGACACGGUGUGUGAAUGUGAGAAUGGUUUCUACUGCAGUACAGACGACUGUGACCACUGUUUGCGAGUGAACGACUGCCCUCCCGGCGAAGGGGUCUUGGCUCAAGCCACUCGUACAAACGACACGAUCUGUGCACAAUGUGAGAAUAGGACCUACAGCAAUGUGACGGAUUCCUUCUCGCCCUGUAAAGCAUUUACCAGAUGCGAGGACUACGGGAAACGGUUGAAAACUGCAGGAACCUCGACAACUGACGCCAUCUGUGAAAACUUGACUCCUCCUUGCCCUUGGCUGCUCCCUGCAUGCCUGUGGUCCGGACUAGUGCUGACCAUACUCAUCGUGGCUGCUGUCCUCUUCUGGAAAGCAAGGCGUAGAUCAUACAAAAGAUCAUACAAAACAGCCAAUCACAAUGGUCCCGAUAUUCCUGCCCCAGCUGUCACUCCACCACCAGAGCUGUCAUCCCACUGCCAAGAGACCUGCACCACGGACGAAUGCAAACUGCCCCUCUUCAGUCCAGAUGAUCUUCCGGUCAUCUGCAGAACACCAGACAGCUUUGACAGCACCAUUCCCAUACCUCCGCUGAAGUCCAGCGUUUCCUUUGUUGAAUCCAGUCUCAACAGCGAAAUCACAAAACAUUGCACCAGCAACCUCCUCAGGUCGUUCUCCGAGCCACAGGAGGACGAGUGGUGCGGGACAUAAGAGCACGACGAGGUUACACCCAGGAAAAUCAGGGGACAUCGACAUAUAUUUUUUUAUAACCCGUGGAUUUAUUUAUACCAACAAAAAAGAGGAUUUUAAUCUCAGGAAUGUUUAAGGUGGUUGGUGGCAUGAGUGUAAACCAGUCUUAGUGAACAUGCUUCACAUUUAAGAGGAGCUCACUCUGUGAUCUGCGUGACUUUUUUUAUGUUAAAAGAAAUCACAUGGAGGACCGACACUUAAAAAGAAGUGGUGAUAGUAACAAGCACUGCCUCGUACAUCCAAUGCAUCUGUUGCCGUUCACCGGCGAGUGACACCGUUCAUUGCACCAGGCGACGUGCUCCGUCAACGUCACACUGCACAUUCUGCUGCAGCGGAUGUGUUGCAAGUUCCCAUCAGCCCACAGCACUUCUUUAAUUGGAACACACUGUUCAAUUGUUCUAGCAUUAACAACACACCAAAGUCACAAAGUACCGGUAUUGAGAUGGUGAAAUAAACUCAUAUUUCAACCUCUUUUGCUCAGAUUUGUUUAAGCCCAACCUUAAAUAAAACAUAUCUGCACCCCCUCCUCUGAAAACUGCAACUAAAUCAGAGUGCAAUAAGUCACUAUUCAAAUGUGACCUGUUUUUUGAUACACAGUAAAACUUGUCCAACGAUGAAACUGAGAAGUUAUUGUUUUGUGAGAUAGACGUGCUCAUUUGAAAUUUGAUAUCUGCAACUUUAAUCAUAAAAUGGGACUUUUUACCGUUGUCUUGCAACACCUUUUUCUCAACCACACUGUAAGCGUUUAGGAACUGUAAUAUUUUCUUAAUAUAUAGGCUAUACAUGUUACUGAUGAUGUAAUUUCCCCUUUGGGGAUGAAUAAAGUGUUAUUGAAUUGAGUUAAAUGGUGUGGCCUGAUAAAUGAUUUCUGCUGAGCAGUUGAGCCUCUCCGGUCCUCAGUCAUGUCUGUUUAUCACACCGACUCCUUAACUCCUGAGAGUUGGUUGGCAAUGAUUUGCUGAAAUAAACAAGACUCUUUGAAAACUGUCCUCUGGAUGAUGGUGUAUGUUGCUCCAACACGUGUUUAUAUCAUUCAACAUCAAGUGCGUUGUCACAGGUGUUUCUAAGUAGUGAUAUCAUCCAUGAGGAGCUCUCCAGUCUUUCCUCUUUGAGUCUUUGAGUUGUAUUUAUACCACAGUUGACAUGAUUUUCAAGGCACUGAAGUGUCUUUAUUUGGAGUUGAUGCAGACCCAAACAUUACCAGAGUUGUAUUUAUUGUAAAAGAUUGGUUUGGUUUUCUUGUGUCAUUUCAGUUCAGUCAUAUUGCCUAAUGUUGUGAAUGUUGUAAAUCUACUCUAUUAUAUAAAAAAAAACUAUUUAAGUACACUGAAAUUGAAAUUUUGACAACUGAAUUUCAAUGUGAAUAAACCUAUAAAACCUAGAAACAUGAAAGGGUAAAGUUGCAAAUAUUUGUCCUUGUUUUCCUGCUGCUCUUCCCUCUCCAUUAACAAACACCAUCACACAGACCAGACACAAAAUAUUCUUUUAUAGUCUUAUUGUGACCUUUUAAAACAUUGUUAAUCAUAAUAACAAUGUGCAGAUUACAGUAAAAACACUACAAACAUGAUUCCAUUCUUGUACCAGCUACUUUUCAAAUGAGGUUGUUCACUACAGCCCGUCCUGCUGCGGCUUCAUUCAGCCUUCUUGAAGACCUGCUUGGCGAGGAUUCCUUGAACUCUCAUCUCCUGCAGGGAGAAGCCAUAAAAGAGGAGA